UUUCAAACCCAGCAAUCCAACGGUCACGAACUUACAAGCUCGUUAUCUAUGGAGUCGGAAGAAGAAAACAGCCUCAAAAAUCGAAGGAGGAAGAGAGAUCUGAGAGAGAGAGAUGCUGAUGCUCCGUAAAUUACAGAUCUCUUCGUUUGAGCUCUUCGAAUCUCCGAAACAACCAGGGUUCUGUACAUCUAGUUCAAGGAUUGUCUCUCUACCCAAAACUCGAUUGUACAGUAAUCUAAGCAGGAGCUCUGAUUUCAGAGCAAUGGCUGAUAUGAGUGGCAAUGGAGGAACGAGCUUAGGGAAACUCUAUCUGGGUAUGGAUUUUGGCACUUCGGGAGCUCGAUUCACGGUGAUUGAUGAACAAGGAGGGAUUAGAGUCGAAGGAAAAAGAGAAUAUCCUCGUUUCGUGAGAGAAGAAAGCAUGGAUUGGGCAAGCUCAUGGAAAGCAACUCUUUUUGCUUUGCUAGAGGACAUUCCCAUCACUGUUCGCUCCCUCGUCUCAUCCAUUUCGCUUGAUGGAACCUCUGCAACAACUCUCAUCUUAAACAGGCAUGUGAUGAUCUCUUUUCGUUGUUUUUGUUGUAAUCUCUCUUUGCAUCAUCAUCGUCAUCAUCAUGGCCAAUAUCAAGUCAUUGAAAUGUUGUUUGAUUCUCCUUUGCUUGUUCAAAUUAUGUGUACCAGUGAGAGUGGAGAAGUUCUGUGUAGGCCUUUGCUCUACAACCAGAGCUGCCCUGAUGCUCUGCCUGAGGUCAAGUCUAUAGCGCCAGCGAACCACACAGUCUGCUCUGGUUCCUCCACCCUAUGCAAACUCGUCUCAUGGUGGAAUCUUAAGCUUCCGAACAGAGAAUCAGCGGUAUUGCUGCAUCAGGCAGAUUGGUUGUUGUGGUUACUUCAUGGCAGACUCGGAGUGUCAGAUUACAAUAAUGCCUUGAAGGUGGGAUAUGAUCCUGAGAGUGAAUCAUAUCCGUCUUGGUUGCUAAGUCAACCUUAUUCUCACUUAUUACCUGUGGUGCAAGCUCCUGGAACGUCUAUAGGCAAUCUGAAAGAAAGCAUUAGAAGGCAAUUUGGGUUUCCAGAUGAUUGCAUUGUUUGCACCGGUACUACUGAUAGCAUAGCUGCAUUUCUUGCAGCACGUGGGACUGAACCUGGGAAAGCAGUAACAUCAUUGGGUUCGACCUUAGCCAUCAAACUUCUAAGCACCAAAAGGGUCGAUGAUGCGAGGUAUGGAGUCUACAGCCACCGCCUGGAUGACAAAUGGUUGGUCGGAGGAGCUUCCAACACUGGCGGAGCCAUUCUCAGACAGCUCUUCAGCGACGAGCAGCUAGAGAGACUGAGCCGACAAAUCGAUCCUGCGGUCGCAUCUUCUCUAGAUUACUAUCCUCUGCAGAGCAGCGGUGAAAGAUUCCCUGUGGCUGAUCCUAACUUGGCUCCCAGAUUACUUCCACGCCCCGAAAACGACGUCGAAUACUUGCAUGGUAUCUUGGAAUCCAUCGCUCGUAUUGAGGGGAAAGGCUACAAGUUGUUGAAAGAGAUGGGAGCAACGGAGGCUGAGGAAGUGUUGACAGCAGGAGGAGGGGCCAAGAACGACACGUGGAUAAAGAUAAGGCAGCGAGUUCUUGGUUUGCCUGUGAGCAGAGCCGUCCACACGGAAGCUUCCUACGGAGCUUCUCUUCUUGCGUUGAAGGGUGCAAAACAGAACAGUGGUUUGUAAAACAGAAGACAUUUGCAGGACCAAGAAGAAGUGGCUGCUCCUAUGAGAACAAAUUGUUUGUGAAUAUAACACAUUGUCAAGAAGAUGUUUCUGCAUUGAUGUUGCAUAGUUAUCGAACUACUUUUGCUCUUGUUGUGUCCAGCGGUUUUAAACGAAUUAACGGUGUUUAUGAAUAAAAUUGCGUAUCGCAUUGGAUCUUGACUUUAAAAAAA